UUCUUUCACAUCGGAAAAUCUCGAGAUUAGAGGAGAGUUGGGAGAAUGGGUGUGACAGUUAAAACCACUUCUCCUGCGAAGAGCUCUGUCGCAGUUUCUCCUACCAAAUUCGUUGCUGAAAAUGGGAAACUUAAUGCCGAUGCCUUUGUCAACCUUGACCACGGUGACCCAACAAUGUUUGUGCCUUACUGGCAAAAGAUGAGUGAAGGAAGCACCAUAACUUUUCCAGGAAGUCAGUCGCUAAGCUACUUUUCUGAGACAAAGAGCGUAUGCUGGUUUCUGGAGCCGAAACUAGAAGAAGAGAUAAGGCGGCUUCACAGAAUUGUUGGAAAUGCGGCGGUUGGAGAAGAGGAUUGCAUUGUGGUGGGAAGUGGGUCGAGCCAGCUUAUUCAGGCCGCUCUUUACGCACUUUCUUCUCCAGAUCCGGAUCAGCCCAUUUCCGUCGUUUGUGCCGCUCCUUAUUAUUCGUCAUAUCCAGAAAUUGCAAACCUACUAAGAUCGAGGAGCUACAAAUGGGGAGGAGAUGCAAGGAAUUUUGAUAAAGAGGAAGCUUAUAUAGAGCUGGUAACCACUCCAAAUAACCCUGAUGGGGCCAUUAGGGAACCUGUGGUUAAUAGACCUCAAGGAACUGUUAUUUAUGACUUUGCUUAUUAUUGGCCACAUUACACUGCAAUUUCCUCUGCACCUAGCCACGACCUUAUGCUCUUCACCUUCUCCAAGUGCACCGGCCAUGCUGGAUCAAGAAUUGGUUGGGCUAUUGUAAGGAAUAAAGAAGUUGCAAAGAAGAUGACAAAGUUUAUAGAGGUGAGCACAAUUGGGGUAUCCAAAGACUCCCAACUGAGAGCAGCUAAGAUCCUUGGAGUUGUCUCAGAUAGCUGCUUUAGUGGUGAUGACUUCUUUACUUAUAGCCGAAAUAUUUUGAAGGAGAGAUGGCAAAGCUUAAGACAAGUUGUGAAGGGUAGUGAUCUAUUCCAUGUCCAAAAAUAUCCCAUUUUAUACUGCCAUUUUGCCAAAUCCAUGACCGAGACACUUCCAGCUUUUGCGUGGAUGAAAACAAUCAAGGGAGAGGUGGAUUGUGUGGAUCUGCUGAAGGAGCACAAGAUUCUUGCGAGAAUUGGAACCAGAUUUGGCGUUGAAAGCAAUUUUGCAAGGAUAAGUAUGGUGUCCAAGGAUGAGGAGUUUAACACUUUUUUACGAAAGCUCUCAAUCAUCCAAGGAAGAGAUGAUCCCAUUGACGAUGAAAAUCAUACUCAUAUCUAAGGUUUUGAAUGAAGAAUUUGGAGAAAGAUGGAAAAGAGGAUUGAAUUUUUGAAAUAAUGUACAAUGUUUUUCGUGACUUUUUGAAUUUAAUAUUUUUAUAAGUCUCACGCAAUUUACAUUUUAAGCCAAUACAAACAAAUCAUUUUAAUAUGUCAAGCACACAUCAACUAUUUAAAAGAUUUGGUGCUAAUUGUUGCAAAAAAUGGCAAUAGUUAUAAAAACGAAGCUUUCA